AUGGCAGUUCUCAAAGUAAAAUUCAGCAAGACACGAAGAGGAAAACUAGCUCAAGUUUUAUGGAUUCUAAACUGGGUGUCUGUUGUCACUGGACUAAUUAUCUUCAGUCUGGGGCUCUAUCUGAAGAUUGAAAUCAAGAAACGGAGCGAGCUGAUGAUAAGUAAAGACCUUCAGACGGUCCCCAACAUGCUCAUUGCUGUGGGCACAAUCGCUUGCGUCAUCAAUUUCUUUGGUGGAAAGAUUUGCUAUGAUUGCUCGGAUGCCAACAAAUUCUCCAGGUGGAAGCUGUUCAUGCUGCCCUAUAUCAUCUGCACCUUCUUCUUUACGUUCUGCGUGUUUGCGGGAGCCAUCAUGUGUUAUACUAUGAGGAAUGAGCUGGAAUCUGCUCUGUACCGUGGACUCAAAGAUGCCUUAAAAUAUUACAAGGACACAGAUAUCCCUGGUCGCUGCUUCCUAAAAUCUACCAUUGACAUGCUACAGAUUGAGUUCCAAUGCUGUGGGAACAAUGGAUUCAGAGACUGGUUUGAGAUCCAGUGGAGGUCUGCUCGUUAUCUGGACAUGAGCUCCAAGGAAGUCAUUGAUCGUUUUAAAAGCAAUGUGGAUGGAAAAUAUUUACUAGAUGGAGUUCCUUUUAGCUGUUGCAACCCCAAUUCCCCUCGUCCCUGCAUCCAGUAUCAGAUCACCAACAAUUCUGCUCACUACAACUAUGACUACCUGGCAGAAGAGCUGAACAUCUGGCUCCGUGGCUGCAGGGAGGCUCUACUGGACUACUACGAUCAACUCAUGCAGACUAUUGGUCUUACUGUCCUCAUUGUAUGGCUCUUUGAACUCUCAGUGCUCACUGGUGUACGGUACCUUCAGACUGCCAUGGAAAAUGUGCUGGUAUUAGGAGACCCUGAAAGUGAAUCCCACGGAUGGCUACUGGAGAACAGCUGUAUGGAAACUGCUAAACACAAUUUUGAAAUCAUCAAAAAUCUGGGUAAAGUCAACCAGAUCUCCAGCCUUUCGGGGAAAUCUGAUCCAAAUGUGGAUAUACCAAGAGCAGAUUAUGGCCCAGAUAAUGUUCCACCAGACUCCAUCCCCACAGUUAGCUGA